UAUUUCCAACGGUAGGCGUUACUACCGGGACACAAAUAUACUGCAAUAAUAGGGUGAUUUGACGCGUCGGGUGCGCUGGUGGUACCUCGGGGGUCAGAUUUGAAGCGAUGCUUACUGGGGUGAAGUAGUAGUAACAGCCGUGCACUUACUAUUACUACAACUCACGGCUCAUCGGGGAGCCAUACUGCGCGCCGCUGCUAUUGGGGCGUCGCGGUGCUGACGGCUCCGCGCUCCAACCCAAGACGGUGCCCUGCUCUUCCAAUAGGACGUUUAAGUGGAAAAGACGUGCCCGCCCGACUGCCCCCACCCCUCAACUAUCCCCCAUGUCUUCCCCCCUCCGCCUCCUCCUCCUCCUCCUCCACCACCACCGCCGCCACCCCUCAAACUACUCGAUGUAUAGUUAAAAUGGGAGGGCACACUUGAACCGAGCUGCUCUAUGAAGGUAGGCUGCAGCGUGUGUUUAUUGAUGAGAUGAAAAGAAGAUGGAAGUGAGAAAUGAAACAAAGUAAAGGAACAUAUUAAAUUUAAAGAAAUAAAUAAUAUAUAGAAAUUCUUAUGUAAAUUCGCGACUCGUCGGGGGAGAAACUGGGGGACCCACGGACAAACAACGCUGUCGCCACUUUUAUUUUGGACAAGCUUCGAAGUGCAGAGCAGCACAUGAUUUGGAAAGAGCGGACUGACAGCCUUGCCUAGCAGCCGGCCUCUGAUCAGCCGUCUCCACCAGCGCGCUGAAGCUUGACCCGCACUUCAUCACCAGCCACAUAAGCAUCCGAGUAACACAACGUCAUCUAACUUUGUGCUCUCUUGCUCACAGGUUACAUCAUUUGCAAGGGGAUGACCGAGCGCAUUCAUAACAUCAACCUCCACAACUUCAGCAAUUCUGUACUCGAGACCCUCAAUGAGCAGCGCAACCGUGGGCACUUCUGUGACGUGACCGUUCGUAUCCAUGGAAGUAUGCUGCGAGCUCACCGCUGCGUGCUGGCCGCUGGAAGUCCCUUCUUUCAGGACAAGCUGCUUUUGGGCUACAGCGAUAUUGAGAUCCCGUCUGUGGUCUCGGUGCAAUCCGUCCAAAAGCUGAUUGACUUUAUGUACAGUGGGAUCCUGAGGGUGUCUCAGUCGGAGGCGCUACAGAUUCUAACUGCCGCCAGCAUCUUGCAGAUCAAAACCGUCAUUGAUGAGUGCACUCGGAUCGUGUCCCAGAAUGUGGGCCUUGCUGGACCAGGGGGGUUCCCUCUCAUACCGGGCGACUCGGGUCAGGAAACACCCCGCGGCACGCCGGAGUCGGGCACCUCUGGACCAAGCAGCGACGCAGAGUCAGGCUAUAUGCAAGCAACAUCUCAGCAAAACAUUGAGCGUGCAUACACAUCAAUCUACUCCUACCCUGGCCUGUCUCUGCAGAACGGAACCCGAGAGCGCCCCCUGUACAUCAACUCCCUGACGACUAACUACGACUCCACUCUCACACAGAAGGACCAGCAGUCUCAAGAUCCGUCCUGGAACCGCAUCCAGGAGAAGUCUCAGCAGGUCGAUCGCUAUAUCUCCCCAGCCGAGUCCACUCACUGCCGCAAGCAGCCCCGACCGGUACGCAUACAGACAGGAGGGAUGCACAUAAAGCAGGAGGCCGAGGAUGAAUUCAGCUGCUGCAAUAAUGUGGCCGACUGCCAGGACGACAACGACCACACGGAGGGGGCAGAGAGCGAGUCCAAGGUGGAGAGUACUGACUCGGGGGUGAGCUCCUUCAUUGGUACUGAGCCAGAUGUUAUGGAGCAACAGACAUAUUGCAACAGAGAGGGGGACAGUGAAACACAUCAAGGGGAAGCAGGUUCGGUUCAAAUAGAGGUCAACGACUCGUCCCCGGAGCAAGUGCAAGAGUCGGAAGAAGGGGACAUGUCACACGGCACUAGUGACAGUAGCAUGAUGCAUCCCCUGCCAAGCUCAGUCAUGUCCCAGCCCCUGCCAAGUGGGCCGCACUACAUUCGCCAGGGAGACACUCACACCAGCAACCUGAGAAUGCCGCUCGGCGUGCCCAGCAACCCGCAAGUGAUGGGCCCAACUGGAAACGCCUUCCUGCCCACACUCUUCCCCUCGCAGCCGUCUAGAGACAAGUCUUACCUUUACCUUCCUGGCCAGCAGCCAGCCCAGUUUGUCACCGUGCCACCCCCCACAUUGCCCUUCUCAAGCCAGAUGACGGUACCGGCGAGUUCCGCGCAGCAGCAACAGGCACCAGGAGGAAUCGGUCAGGGGGAAAAGAAGCCCUAUGCAUGCACUCUCUGCUGUAAAACCUUUACCGCUAAACAGAACUACGUCAAACACAUGUUCGUGCACACUGGUGAGAAGCCUCAUCAGUGCAGCAUCUGCUGGCGCUCAUUCUCCCUGAAGGAUUACUUAAUCAAACACAUGGUGACACACACGGGGGUGCGAGCGUACCAGUGCAGCAUCUGCAACAAGCGCUUCACCCAGAAGAGCUCUCUCAACGUCCACAUGCGGCUGCACCGUGGAGAGAAGUCCUACGAAUGCUACAUCUGCAAGAAGAAGUUUUCUCACAAAACCCUGCUGGAGAGGCACAUGGCUCUGCACAACACGGGCAGCGCCAUCACGGGCCUGUCGGGCAGCACCGGCACCCCGGGCCCGGUCUCCAUCCCUAUGCCAAUGGCUGUCCCCGAGCCAGGAGCCGGAGUGGUGGCCCUGGCCAUGCCCGUGAGCGGCGGUGCCGGGGUCGGGGUCGGCACCGGAGUGGGUGUAGCUGCAGAAGCCGGCUGCCAAGAAGGGACCAGCUACGUGUGCUCAGUCUGCCCCGUCAAGUUCGACCAAAUGGAGCACUUCAAUGACCACAUGCGAAUGCAUGUCUCCGACGGAUAAGUACAAAAGAUAAACUUCUUUGAAAAAGAAUGACAAAUAAAUGGCACUAGAUUUUUCCUUUUCUUAUUUUGAGGUAUGAAGAGUAAUGAGUAUAGACACUGGCACAUUAAGUUUCCCAAAAAAAAAAAAGUUUUUUUUUCUGUUCUUCUAAAAGAAAAAAAAAGAUGGUGGCCUUAAGGCUUAGUAGUUUGAUACUGGUCUACUGGAUGGAUCCAAACUACAGGCCUCUAAAUGUAUGCUUUCCUAAAAUAGUGGUUUAUGUGUUGAACACUACCGAAAGGCCUACGAAAGAAAAACGUACACACAAACACACCCCCAGUGUAGUUCGAAUGAAUAUACAUGUGCUUUAAUGUGUGAGUCCUUCUGGAUGAAGUGUGUGUACAUACACACCUGUUUAUGUGUGUGCGCAAGUCUGUUUGUGUUGCCACAAGACGGUGGCAGUCGUAAACCCAUGCUGACCAGUUUGGAAACUGAAGAUGUCCAAGCUUACUGUGGUAAUAUUUACAACAACAAUAACAACAACAACUACAACAAAAAAGUCAUCUGGGGUCGGGCUGAAUAUUCCCUCUACAAAAUACUGACGGUCACAUGAUUGCCUUCUUAUGUCAAAUAAAAAAGGAGAGUCGUUAAUUUGACACUGGGUUUUAUUUAUUUCUAAGGGACUUGAAUGCAGAUGUUCAAUCAUGCAAGUCAAAUCGAAGCACCUGCAGGGUGGGGGUGGGGGGUUAUUUCCUGAUAAAUAUCCAUACAUUUUGAUAUCGAAAUUAACAUGCAAAAUGUGUUUUUUUUUCUGAAUUUUGGAGUUCAACUCAUUUGCAUACACUGCCACUUCUAUCUUAAAAGACUGUUAAGACCUUUUUCCAUUUCAAAAGAUGAAGAAAAGAACUAUUCUUUUGUUCCUUUUUUUUUCCAUUGACAGUCAUGGCAGACUGUAAUACGCGGCUAAACUCUCCUUCAUAAUUGCUGCUCUUCAACUUGCACCAGACUGUUAUCAGAAAGAAAACUGUCCAAAUUAUUGUUAUGCAGUUUUUAUUUUGAUUAUCGAAUCAGUCGGUCGAAUUCUGAGGGAGAGAGGAGUUUUCUUUGAAGCAAAGGUGAAUUGGAGGCAUUUAAUUGCGAUUAACACAUCACCCAGCAUGUAAUCUCCUCGAUGGCUUUACUGAAAUAUUCAAAAGGAAGUACAGUCUGAAACCAGUAGCUCCAUGAUGUCACCCAGUUACCACACGCAGCAGACAGACGUUCAAGACCGUAGUUAACAUUCCGGGUUUUUCUUGAAACCGUUGAAACACAUGUAUAGAUGACAAACAAAAAACGAGAGGAAAAAAAAACUAGUGUGCACAAGUCGUCACCCUUCAUGUCACUUCUCAUUUCUCAACUUGUAUUUUAUCGACAAAAUAGGACACUCUCACUCACACACACACACACACACACACGCAACUGCCUGCAACUGCAAUCUGAAGAUGUUGCUCACGAACGUGGGCAAACUAUUUUGUGGUUGUAUCGUCAAAACGAGUGCAUACAGCCAUCUUCAAAAGAUCUGCUGUAGAGCAAAGAAAAAAAGACAACAACAACAAAGUGCUACUUUGCACAUUUUUCUUAAAAUGCCUGUGCUUGAUAUUUAAUCUUCUUUUCCUACAUUCAUUUUGUUUUUUUUUUGGUUCAUUCAAUUUCAAAGACAAAAAAACGUUUUUUUUUGUUAGUUUGUUUUUAAUCUCGAUAAGUGGACUGCAUUCUUUUCUUGCAUAUAUGUUGCACUGCUUUAACCAAUAAGUGCACUACUGUUGACAGAGAUAGUAUAGUUUUAAAGAAAAAGAGCUUUUUUUAAGAAAAAAAAUUGGUUUGUAGAAAUCACAUGUGCGACUAGAAUAAUUCAAUUUAUCCGUUCAGUUUCUUUUUGGUUUAUACUUGCAGUGACCUACUCUGUUGUCGUGGAAAUGCAAGCCUUUAUUUCUGUUUGUUCCAUCAGUCAAAAUUUCCUGUGAGAACAUCCAAAAGCAAACUUAAAGAAUGAAACAGUAAUAAUAACUUCUGUCUUGGGCAGAAAGUAAUAAUAUUCUAUUAUUAAUGAUACAUUUAUAAUGUGUGUGUGUGUGUGUAUGUGCGUGUGUAACAUAAAUGAUAUCUAUCUGUCCUGGAGAACUUUUUAGGGUGAGAACAGCUUUUUUAGUAUUUGUCCGUCACUCGUCUCUUCCUUCGUGUUUGUGUGUAUGUGUGUGUGAUAUAUCUGCCCUGUUGGUAUCUAAACUGUAAGGCUUCUUUUGCAAUAGGGCAGCGCAGGUACGACGAGAAGCUCCUGGGAGCGUUUCGGGGCUAUGAGAUUGGGCCCAAGUCACAGUCAAGAACUGUUGCUACUAGAUUUGCGAUCACACAGACUUGUGGGGAUUUUGCGCGAAAUGUAUCCACUCGGGUUAAAAGUAGCAGAUUAUUUCGGGUGUGAUCCUGUUGUUGUGCAUAUAAGCCUGAAUAGUGUGGUUCCUGUCUGUAGCUGUUGUUGCCUGGAUGGCAAUAUUUGCUGCAUGCUAGUGCUAUAUUUGUCUCGACACAGCACGUGGAGGGUAAUCUCUUGCCUUAACAGACAAUGCACUAAAUAUAUAGAAUAUGUAAGCAACUGCCGACAUCUCUUUCCAACAGUAUUGCCACUUUUUUUGGGCGCACAGCUCACGUCGUUCGGUGUUCGUCGUCUGUCUCGUACUAAGUGAAACACUGCCAAACUAACCGACAUCAUCACUUCUCAAGGCAGAACGUUUAUGUGUUGAGUGAUCUAGCAUUCCUUCAUGGCACCUAAAAGUUUUUUGGACAUAUUUUGUGUAAACACAUAUAUCAAAUGCACUAUUGACUGUAGCUAGAUGAACCAGCUUUGUGGUAUUUUUGAUCUAAAUAGUAGGUGAAGUAGCUCGUCGUUGGUUUUUUCGAGACAGUUUUUACGUUGGGAAUUACACUAUGGAUUUUAUUUGGAGUAACAAAAGUAGCCAAUGUUUUCUGGAUGAGGGCUAAUAACUCGUCCCAUCGUCAGUCUUGUAUCAUAUGGUAUUUUGGAUCGCAGGCUCAGAAGGGGACAGGACCUUCUCUUCAGUGUGUCAAAACAUCCCUGGACUUUUCUUUAACGUCCUUUUCCCGCUUCGCAUUUUGGCAUCACACACUUUGACACUGUCCAUAGUUAUAUAUUCCUUCUACUGCUUCAGUGUGUGGUGGUGCUUAAUUCUCUUUUCAUAGAAUUACAGGAAAAAAAAGACAAAAAAAAUAUAAUAAACUGGUGAAAAAUUGUUAAUAACUUGCAACAUUAUCCAUAAAAAUAAGUCUCAAUCGUGCUUCUUCUAGUUGUUAGACUUUCUGUUUUGCAAAGUGUACACAUAUUUUCCGGAACAAAACAUAUACAAUGGUAGAUGAUAGCUUUGAGCCUGCAGCUGUUUGUAACGUGUUUCAAAUAUAUUACAUGUUUCGUUUAUCUUAGCGUAGAGACACAGGGUCUACAGUACAUUGUCUUGCAGUAUGUUUAAUACAUCUUUUCAUUUUUUGAUUUAUGGUGAUCAUCGUGGUAUCGUUUGUAUAUUUUCACUCGACUGGAUUACGGAGCGUCUCGCCGCGUUCCAAUAGGAGGCGUUUGUGGUGGUGAGGGUCGUUUUAAUUUUUUUUUUUAAUUUUUUGACGUCGGAAAAAGGUUUCAUAUAAUCACAUCAGCAUGUGUCUGUCUUCCUGUUUUGUCUUUCAGUCUGUCUCCACACAUUUUAAGUCUGUUUAAGGUUUUAGAGUAGAACACCAAAAAACACAACCGUUUUUAUGAAUCUUCAUGCUUCUACAGUACACGUCAGAGUUAAAUAGAUAAUUUCUUACAAAUGCUAUAUAUAUAUACAAUCACCAUCCACACAGAAUGAAUUGCAGCUCAGAGUAUACAGAACCUUGUAGGAUAUAGGGGAUAUGCCUAUCAAGUGCCUACCAGAACAUACUGCAACUAUACAGAUAUUCAUAGUUUUUCUCUCCUACAUUGCACAGAGACAGUAUAUACACAAUGGUCUAUUUAAAAAUGCUAUACUAUUUAUACUGCUGAUACAUGGUGGUUGUUCGUACAUCCUAAGAGAACCCUUUAAAAUACCUGAAAAGUUCUAUACAUAUACAGUAAAUACUACAUCUGCUAGCUUUACUUUACAUCUUUAUACAUUUAAUACCAUUUUGGAGGAUUUAAGGAUUAAAAAGGCAAUUGAUUCGACAAGAAUUUGGUCUGUUCCUUUUCUCACUUUGGUAGUUUUCUGCCAGUUAAUAACAGAAAGCGCUAAUUAUGAGACAUGAAGUAGUGGUUUUGAGAUCAAAAGUCACAUUCGGCGAUAAAAAUAGAUCAUAGAGUGCAGUGCUGUAUGAUCGCAACGAGAGAUGCCAAUUACAGUUUCCACAUUAAAACUAGGUUUUGCUCCGGAUGGGCCGGUCCGCAUGUCUUUGCAACAGAUACAGAUGAAGAUGAUGGAAUUCGUUUUUCAUUGUUGUAACAGUGUUACGUCUCUGGUCUGGUUGAGGGAUAUCGGAGCGGAGUGGCGCUCAAGUCAACCAUAGGACCAUUCAUCUUACUAUUAAAAUCCAUUGAUGUUCUUUACCUCAGAGGAAGAUAGGAAUCAGAGUUGAAAUGCAAAGGCUGCCUUGUAGCUCAGCUCACAUUUCAUCACAGUUGUACAAAAGAAAAUCUUAGAAAUGAAGAAAUCCUCCUUAAAAAUGAAUCUCUUUUGCCAUGGCGUCAUUGAAAAUGCUGCUCUUGGUGCGAGGAUGAAUCAGCUGAAUAAGCAGCUGACUGGACAGUUCAACACCUCUUAAAAAUAAUGUUGACGUUUUUAACUGGCAGAAAUAUCCAUUUGUAUUGCUCUCCAUAGCAUGUAGCGGCGCAUCAUGACCAGCAGAGGAGGCUACACGUAAAGUUUGAUAGAACACGUGUUUAAUGGCGUUUGGGCUUCAAUUCUUUACAUAGCAUCCAUAUCAAAUUGCGUGGCUGUACUUAUGUCAACAUUGUAAAUGAACAAAACAGACUUUUGUCGACACUUCAGUCACGUUGCCCUUUGAGCUCCUCAGCCAGCUCCGCGGCUACAUGACCAUUCGCGUUUUAUCUUAUCAGCCUGAAGCUUUAUAAGCUGCUACACUGCAAAAUAAAUAUGGAGCAAUGUGGGAAAAGAACAUUUCUGGAUGCGGAUGAACACUUUCUCCACAUCUAAUGUGAAAUCAAAUUGUGUGUCGGAGCGAGAUGGAAAAGUGAAUAUGGCAGACUAUGAAACCAUAAGUCAAGUUUCGGGAGACAAAAGAGUGGCUGUGAGAUAAAGGCUUUUUAAAAUGGCUAAUAUUUCAGUCCCCGGAGGACUAAUUAACACCAGUCUCUCUGUAACCUUCUCCAGCCUGGCGUUGCUGCCAAAAUUAUGAGGGGGGGAAAUCAUUUCAAAUUGAACCAAUAUUGUUCUCCUAGGUAUGUGAACCGAGCAGACAAGAAUGUAUCCAAGAUCAUUGAAUCUAAAUAGCAGUGAAGCCUAAAGCGAUCUUGUUUUUAAUCUUUAAAUCCUCAGAGUUCACUAGGAGAAAACAGCUAUGAGUAACAAAUACACAUUAAUGUUAUGAUGAAGCGUUCGUAUUACAGUAUAGGCAAUGAGAUACAGCUAGUCCCUGUCAUCCAACCAUCACACUGUUAUGCAUCGCCGAGGAGUGUUGAGCUGACUUGAGAGGAAAUGUAAUGGGCUUUUUUUUCCCCCAGAAGUAACAAAAGAGCUGUUUUUCUGAACCAAGAAGAUUAAUGUCCUGAAAACAUCUGUCAGGAAGUUCUUGGUUUUGGAGCUCCCUCAACUGGAGGAAAUCGUGAUUGCCAAAAAUCUUAACUGUAGUUUUAUAAAUACAAUCGCAACAGCAAAAAAUAAUGAGGGACAAUCAUUGUUUUGACUUUUUUUUUCAAACAGUCAACACUUAAAAAAAAAAAAAUGGUACUUAUGUUCACACACUGAUUUUUUUUCCAAGUUUGCUGAAGACUUUCCUCUCUCAAGUGAGCACAGCAGCCUUCAGUGGUUAUGACACGACCUCUGCUCAGAUAUAUUCUCUAGAUUUUUCUGCAGAUAUCUAUCACAGCCAAGCUAAGCUAACAACAUCAAGUCUCUGUCCGACCAUGCAGUUCAACUCAUCCGUCAACUGUAGCACGCAGUCCUGUCCUAAAAACAGCUCCCUUUUCUUUCGGGUUUUAUUUUCUUUUUAUAAAUAUUUUUUCUUCCUCCUGCAGAUCACAAACUUUAUUUCACGCUUUCGCCGACUCACACAAACCUGAUGAGGCGUGAUUCGGCCUCAGAAGGCGAAUCAUUAAUCCUCUUUGUGUGGCUUUAGUCGUUAGUUCAGCUCCGCGGCACAACAGUGUAAGUGAAACAAGCAUUCCUGUCAAGAACAUUCCAACUCCCAGUCUGCCCAGGAUUUCGCAGAUUCGUUGUAAUAUUUGAUCCACAACAAACAUGGACUUUGAAAUUUCAAUUCCCUAUCAAACUCGCAGUAACUCGCAUCACAAGCUCUUUUAACUGAUGAAAGAAUUCAUUGUGAUGGAAAAAGAUUUGAAAAAGGCUAUUCUGGACUUUAAAAACCAAAGAAGAAUGUAUCAGAUGGGGGCACUUCUCCUCUCAUGACAGGGUGCUUGUGAAAAUUGCAUCUAUGUUUGGAUUGUUUUCUGCCUUUCGUAGACCAAAAUAGAUGUUUUCCUUGCGACAAAAGUAUAGAAAUGAAUCAGACGGCAGCUGUGAUGUAAGCCGCUGACACGUCAUCGGACACGCAGUGUAGACCCGACUCCUUCACAUCAUCCAUCUAUUGUUGUUCUUCUCUUUUCUUGUUUCAAUACUAAAAUCUGAUAUUUAAACCCUUCAAUACUAAUCGUGACUUUUUAGCCAUUUUAUACUUGAGACGGACCAAGAUGUUAAUUUUGCACAUAUUUGUAGGUCGUUUUUGAAGCCAAAAAAAUAAUGAUUCACAACUAAAUCCUUCAUUUUAAAAUAAAAAUCAAUCACUUCAUGACAAAAAAAAAGAAUCAAAUUCAAACCAAACCGAUCAUCCACGUGGUCCACACUUGUGAUUUUGUGUGAAAGUGAUAUAAAUAUAUUUUUCUAUUUAUAAAAAAAAAUCCUCAAAAGCAGAAUGUAAACAAAUUUGACAGUAUUUUACUUCGAAUGACAAAUAAAUCUGCUGUAUAUUUUUCUCUCCAAAUUGGAAUCACUGUAGCCGGUGUCAGACAUUGACAACUAAAUCGAAAAAAAAAACAUGAAAAUGUGCCCGAAUUACAACGAAAGCAGCUUAUAUUUUCAUCCUCUUUAGGCUUUUUGCUGCCAUAUCUUGUGUGGAGAUGCUUUUGUAAAACUUGCACUUGAGUUUUAAAUAUGUGUAUAUUUUGUUAGGCUUUUGGUUUCCCGAAAAAUUCUCCUAUGAACUUGGCAGAGGUGGAGCUGUUGUAGUAAAGGUAGUUAACAUCACAACUAAGCAACCCUGAAAUAUAUGCUGCAGUAAUGUGUGUUUUUUUAUAAUUUAUGCUCCAAGUUGUAUUUUAUUAUUAUAUUAUUAUUAUUAUUGUUCUGAAAUGUUUGAAAUGUAUUGACUGCUGUUUUGAAAUAGGGGAUAAAGAUUUUUUUAAAUGUAUGUGCAAGGAUGUUUUAUAGAGUAUGAUUUGUCAAACACUGGACUGGAGAGAGUUUUCCAACAUUUCCAAGUUGAGAGAUGUAUUCGACAGACAGAACUGCACGCCCGCGAGCAUCGAAGAACCAGUCACAUGACUUAGAGACACUUCCUGUGUGCUGACAAAAUUUGGGUUUUCAUCAUUUACUUUCCAAUCCGUGACACGGCAUUUGACUAGUGAGCGAUUUGUGUUGAAAGCUCAUAAAGGGAUUAAGACGUUACAGCUGUCCAGUGAUCAGAAAAACUUGCUUUUGUUUCUUUGGUUUUUUUUUUUUUAAGAUUUUUCGUGUCCGUACACCAAACUCCACAUCUCAAACCAGAAAAGAAAUUUGCACUACGACUUAUUUUUGGGUCUUCUUCUACAAAAAAGCAAUAUAAUUCACUGAAAAACACACUAGAAUGGUUCUCUGGCCACAGUGUUGAUUUUAGCAUCCGAGUGAUGAAUCGUUGUCAUGGCAACCACCUGAUUCUUUUGUCCAGAUCUUUGUGGGGCAUUAAAAACUGUUGUUUCCUCCUCUGAUUGUUUUGGACAAAUCCAGAAAGUGAAAAAGGGAAAGGAUUUUAGUUUCCCAUCUCCAUCGCAACAGAAUAAACCAAAACCCAGAUGUCCACUGCCGAGCACACCUUUUCCUUAAAAAAAGAAAAAAAAAAUCUGCGUAGUUUGUCACUUUGUUUGUCCUCGCUUUAAAAGUGACACAGUAAUAACUUCUCAUAGGAAUAAAAAAAAAUGCACCUUUUGUCAUCAUCAUGGGCUCCAUUUGUGGUAAUAAUUUGUGUCCAUUGAAAUGUAUUUUUGAACGAGGUCACCCAUAACCCGAAGAGUUUUUUUUUUUUUUUUUAAGUUUUGAUGUGAGUAAAAAAAAAAAAAGAAAAAUGUCACCAAAUCUUUCACUAUUUUUUAUCUGGACGUAGUAGCUUUUCCUGUGUUCACCGCUUCGUGGUGUUGUUGGACGAUGUUGCGGUUUGUCUAAAAAAAUGUUGCGUGUUAGAGGAAGCAUAAGUACGUGCCUUCUUGUAAUCUCCUUGGUGAGCUUGUUAAUAUUGAGAAGCUGAAGCCAGCCAAUUGUGUUUGCACUAAAAACCAAAUUGCUUUUUUUUUUGUGAUGUAGACUAUUUAAGCAAGCUUGUUGCGUCACUUUAACCGUACAGUAUGCAUGAGGGUGAAAUUUGGUAAGUCUAGGGCUAGAGCUCUCAUCUGUAAACCAGUGCAGCUUAGAGGAUCUUGUGAGUAUAUCUUGGCUUAGUUUUCAAUCUCCUUUCUCAUCGAGUUUGUCACAAUUUCAACUGUUAAAAAAAAAACAAAAAACAAAAAAGACAAAAAAAAAAAAAAGAAAAUCACAUACAACCAAGACAGUUUUUGAGUUCACAUGCAACAAAUCAGAGAAUCACACAUCUGCAGUUCAAUAUUCUCGGAACGACAUGAGUAGACGAGGUCGCCUCAAGACUUGAUGGUCAAAUUGAUUUAUUUCCUUUUUUUUAUUUAUUUCAUAUUUUGUUGUCAUCUGAAAAAAAAGGCCUACAUGCUUUUGAGUCUUACAAAUGCACCUUAUUCAUGUCAGCCCACUUGGGAAAAAAAGAAAAAGGCUGGCAAAUGUAAUAUCUCUGAUUUAGCACCUUACUACACAGCAUGUUUUCACUUUAUGCCAGUUUAUCCCUUCUUUCGUAUAUCUGAGUUCACCAAGUUGUUUUCACGGGAUGUGCCAAAGUUUGGAGGCGAUCUCUGGAGCAUUUUUAUCACUCUCUCUUUCAUUUCUCUCUUCCUUCUUCAGUUAUAGCAACGGUAUGUCAACAAUUUCAGUGUGUGGAAAAUCAAUUUAUCUCAGCAAACAGUAUCAUUACUUGCCAUUUUACAAUAAGCCCUGUAUUUCACAUAUAUUUACCAGUGAUGUGUAUUUGUUAUUAUAAAGAAAAAUAGCCGUAAAAGCUUCAUUAUGUUACAUAAUAUUGUGACUUUUUUCGAAAAACUGUGAAGACUUAUCUUGCAUAUACUUUAUACAGAAGUAUUAAGCCUUAAUACAAAAGACUAAAAAAAGUGUGGAAGAAUAAACUGAUUGUUGCUAAGUAAGGAUGAUUUUUGUAAAUGUUACCAGCACUUUUUUUGUAAUUUUCACUCUCUGAGGUAUUGUACAAGUUCAAGCUGUUUGUGAAGUUUGAUUAUGAAGGAAUAAAAACUAGUACUUUCCUGUACUUCACAGAA